AUGGGAUCCUGGCUGACACGUCCUGAGCGGCAGCAGCAGCUGGAGCAGAGACACGGGCAGCAGCAGCAGGACCAGAGCCAUGGGCAGCAGCAGCAGCUGGACCAGAGCCACCUGCAGCAGCAGCAACAGCAGCAGGGCUAUGAAGAGCUGGCACACAGGAGCGGAUGUGCCACUUCCUGUGUGUUUGUGUGUGUGUGUGCGUGUGUGUGUGUGUGUGUGUGUGUAUGCGUCCAAGUUUCCAGAAAGCAAAUCAAAACCCUCCACAAAAGAUUUCGGCAUCUCAGUGGAAACAAGGAGACGAUGAGAAGAGAACAUUUGGACGCCAUUCCACAACUGGCCCACAAUCCCAUCAAGAAGCAAAUCAUCGAUGCCUUCUUUGAUAAAAGAAACCAGCACCAGGGCAUGGUGGGAUCCUGCGAGGAGAUCACCUUGGAGCAGUUCCUGAUGGUCAUGAGUCACUUCCGGCCGCUCGCACACAUCAGCCGCGAGGAGGAGCGGCAGGCCGCCAGCAAGCAAAAGCUACGCCUUUUGUUCAACAUGCACGACAAGGACAGCGACGGAAUCAUCACGCUGGCCGAGUACCGCAAGGUAAGCCGAGAGCUGCUGUCCAAAAGUGGCGACUUCGGGGACCAGGUGGCCAAGGCCAUUGCCCGCGCGGCCAUGUUGGAAGCGGCCGACAAGGCGCUAGAUGACUUCUACGAGGGGAUCACCUUUGAGAUGUUUCAACUGAUGCUCAAGCCCUUGGAGUUGGAAUCCCGGAUGCACAUCCGCUUUUAGGUGGCAGACACCUGUUGGAAGAAUGGAUGGUGAAGCACUGGUCAUCUCUUUGAAUCAACUCUGUAGCUUUUAUUCAUAGACUGUUGUUGAUCGGGACUGUUUUUCUUUGUUAAGCGUUAUAGAAAAGACAUACAUGCUGAAGUAGUUGCAUAUAAGUUAUUCCUGUAUUUACUCAAUGUUUGUUUAAGUAAUGAAGAGGGAGCAACAGCAAUGUGUAAAUACUCUUAUUAAUUUAUACAUAGUUGCUCCAUCAGAGCACACACAACUUUUCCAUUACACAUAAGGCACAGCUCAUUAACGUCAUGACACAUGGAUACAAAAUAUUUAGUAGAUAAGACAUUCAGGUGAUAACAGAACAAA